AUGACAGAGGCUGACAAUAUGUCGACAACGCUGGCUCCGAUUAUUGAUCCUCUUCAAACUGCGGAGUUCUGGGAGCUAGUGUACGCUCUCGACACGCCAAAGGAAGUGGUUCUCAUAUUCGGGAUACUAUUUGUGAUUCUUAUUCUCGGAGGGAACAUCUGGGUCAUCGUCGCCGUCAUCCGUCAGCCUAAACUGAGACACUCCGCCACAAACAUGUUCAUCGUUUCCCUGUCGCUCUCCGAUAUCCUUGUCGGCUUGGUGACAGUACCGCAACACGUGGCCUUAUGGGGUUACUUCAGUCACCUGCACAACGACGCGUUAUGCAAACUAGUGGCGUAUUUGCAAAGCUGUUCAUUGUGCGCCACGACCUUGUCUCUGAUUUGCAUAGGCGCGGAUCGUUACCGCGCGAUUGUACAGCCGUUACGACCUAGAAUGACUCUUCAGAAUGCCAUGGUCGGCUGUGGUAUUGUUUGGGGUGUCGGAUUAAUUUACUCAAUCGGUGUAUUCUUCGUCGUGGGACUGAAUCCAAAGUUGAAAGGCUCCGGCAAUGACACGUACAUUGAGCAUACGUGUGGGGUACUGUAUGAGAAGGUGGAAAUUGAUGCCUGGAUUCGACUCAGUGAUUUCAUCAUAUUUUACAUUAUUCCAUUAAUAGUUUUAUUUGUUUUGUAUUCUGUCAUGAUAACUACACUAUGGUUCGGUAAAAGCCCAAGUAACUCUUCUAAUCGCAACAAAAAGAGAGCAAUAAAGAUGUUGGGAUUUGUAGUCUUACAAUUCGCCAUUACCUGGGCGCCGUAUCACGUAUUACAGUUGUAUUAUCAGUAUGUUCCGUCCCUUCCUUCUAAACCACUUAUUUAUUCCACUGUACCGGUAAAUACUGUGUUUUUCAUUUUCUGUUGUAACAGCUGGGUCAACCCCGUGCUUUAUGCGUAUUUCAAUGAGAACUUUCGCAAAGAAUUUGUACGCAUAUUCCCGUGUUUCUACAAAAACGCUAGGGUGGGUCCGGACACGACUGCAAUGUCGCAAACAUCCAAAGUCGAUAACAUGUCAACAACACGUGCAAAUACACAGAUAUCCACCAUUUCCACGGCAACCUAG